CGCUCUGUAAGUCGCCUUUAGCGAGGUAAGAUCGUAAUACUCGAUGGAACAGAUUGAGAGGAAUAGUUGUAGGCUCAAAGAAGUAUGGCGGUUCAGACUUAACCACAUCCUCUUUCGGAGACGCAUUGAUGGAGCUUACUUCCUUGCCGAAUGAGGAUGCCAUGUCUAAAAUCUCCAAGAGCAGUUCGGGACGAUUUUCCGGAACCAGGCCACCCGAUCCUACAAGACGUGACACAAUGGCAUCCCACGUGGUCGAUCCCAAACUAAGAUUGUUUGUGUCGAGGAAUUGUUUGUGAUUUUUGAUUUGCGAGAUCAAUUGUUCCGGGGCAGUGCCUCGAUUGCCAACUCCCAGUCGCAUGGAAUUAACCAGUCCAUCCACAACAGCUGUCACAAUCUCGCUGCUAACGGUCAUUCGGGUUCGAGCGCGGUCUUCGGGUUGCGCAGUGUUGUCUUGACGUAUUUUGAACAGUCCCCAUCCAAAAGUUUUUUCAGAAAAUGACCUCUCAGACUCCUUUGACUUCGCCUGUAGAAGCUCUCGCCAGCUAAUGAGACCCCAGACACGCUUUCUGUCCGACGACACGACCCGCUCCAGAAUAGCAGAUGCGUCCAAAACCCAGCCACCAUGGAUACACGACCAUAGUAUCAACUCUAGCCACAACUCUGGUCCUAAGCCAGCAGCUUUCAGCUUGUAGCGCGACCCCGGAAUUUCGUGGCCCAGAAAGUAGCUUGCUUUUGAAUUCUCGGUAGCAGCUUUGACAGAUGCCUCGUGGGCUCGCCAUGUCGCAUCCGAGAGCGCUGUGAGAAUUUGGGUGGAUAGUAGAAAGAGAGUGGGAGGCUGCUGCAAUGCUGAGUUAUCCUCAUUUCCCUUCUGUGAAUACACGGAAUCUGGGACAAAUCCGGUAUGGUGGAGAUGGGCGAUGAUUUCCAAUACACAGGUCAUGAUAGCAUCAUCGCCUUCGCGCUCGUCUUCAGCCGCCACCAAAACUAGCUCACCCAUACUACGCCAAAGUUGUCCUAUUGCUUCCUUAACGAUCUUAUGGACAUGAACAAUCGUGCCAGGUGCCGUGUGUGUAUAGACCGAGCUCAGAUCGCAUGUGAGCAUGAAGGGGUCCCAGAUGAGCAGGAAGUGCAUCGACAUGUUUCCCAUCCUCUACAAGCUUCUUUGAGAUCCACACCAACGUUGACCAUCGCCGCUCCACCAAUCCAAUGUGACCCAAAAGAUCCAGCGAGGCAGCCUUUGUGGCAUUUAACACUUUUGCCAAAUCUAAUGGCGUAAU